UUUGUUUCAGCAAGACCAGAAGACCCCAUCACCGUAUCAGUUUCACCCAAAAAYCUYCACAUCUCAUCGGGUCAAACAGCAAGGUUUAUAUGCAAGGCUAAUAGCCAGACUUACUACACAUUGAAAUGGACCAAGGGUGAAUCAGACAAGCUKCCAGACGGCGCGGUCGAUAAAGAUGGCAUUCUUACCAUUGAAUCGGUUAAACGAAUGCACACMGGAACAUAUACAUGCACUGGGUCAAAUCAGAACAGUUUCGACCAGGUCACUGUACAGUUAAAGGUUGCAGCAAUAAUCACACCACAGGUCUCCAUUCUACCUCGAUUCCUAACAGUAAACGAAGGAGACAAUGUUUUCUUCAGAUGCCGAGCUACAGGGCUCCCGCCACCUGACCUUAUAUGGAUAGGYGGCCCUGAGGGGAAGCUACCCGAUGAUGUUCGUCUGUCAAAAGGAAAUUCAGUGUUUGAAAUCUUUAGGGUUAAAAAGAAACACGAAGGGGAGUACUACUGUGUUGCCAGGAAUGAUGGGGCGGUUGGUAGAAUGAGAACAGUCUUGAACGUGAGAGCUGUUGGCAGUGCACCGAUUGUUCAAGUAAGUCCCAAGAGUCUCGAUGUGAUGGAAGGCGAGGCAGCUGAACUACAGUGUACGGCGUCUGGUGACCCUCCGCCAACCUUUACUUGGAGUAGAGUGGAAGGAGAUAUCCCAGAAUCAUCCACAAAAAUUGAUGGCGUAUUAAGAAUUGAUUCAUUGAGCAUUAACGAUAGCGGAACUUAUGUCUGUACAGCGGCCAAUCGUUUUGGCGCAGUCGCAGAAAAUGCUGUUGUGACUGUAGAAAAAGACAGUUCCACGCCGCCGUCUGCUUCCGUGAAUCCAGACGAAAUCACACUGAAAGAAGGCCAGACCGCAACAAUAACUUGUGAAAAACUGACGAUCAUCUUACAAUUCUAG